ACACGCGAGUCACCAGAGAUAUUACGUUCACCAUAAGAAUUACAUUAAUUGCGUAUUCUGUUUUAUGUCAUCGUGUAGAAGUAGCAAUCGCAUAGGAGAAAUUAAUUUUUUAGUAUUAGUACAAAGAGAGAUUAUUUGAAAUAUAUUUUGUCAAUGCGUCAAGAAACAUGUGUUCGUGUAUAAAAGUCUCACAUGAGAUGUGGUUACUCUGGCCGAUCGUAACGCGGAAUUCACUUUCGUGGAGAGACGUCUCAACUUUUCGUUUGAUUGAAACAAUUUGCGCGCCGAUUUCAUGCUAGUGGCGUCCUCUGGAGGUGACUAAACUGAAUUCUCUUAUCAACGGUAUGGCGCGCAUCGGUAAAGUCGAGGCCAUCGUGAAUCGAUAAUCGGGAGACAAGCAGUUUCGCACGUUGUCCGUCCGCGUUGGUCGAUCAGCUGCGAGUUUGUCAACGGUAUGUUUUUAAAAUGAAAAUUCUCAUGGUGGAAAGGUGACGUCAAGGAAUGCACGUAUAUACGAAUAUUGCUUUUGACACGUAAGUGUCACGCGAGCCAAUGAACUGUCAGUGAGUAGAGUGGCGCGGUGUAUACGACUGUGUGAAAUAAUAGCGUAAUCGCUGUAACACACCGGUGUAACAUAUUCGAUCGAGCAUAAACAGUUGCACGCUUGCCACCGAUCUGAGGGUUAUUGGAAAACUAGCGUAUACGAGGAUAAUGUCGUUUGUACAUUUAUUGUUGUGAUACGCGUAACCUACAAGGAUUAUCUUAAAAAAAUGCAGUGGUUCUCGUUCAGCAUUAUACUUUCCGAAAUAUUUCUAGCAUAUAUCAUUUAUUCGAUUUAUUCGUUGUCGUUGCUGUUUGUAUCGCCAACCUGUGAGGAUGGUAAGCCGUGUCUUAGAUCCUAUUUGAACGAGCGACCGCAAUUGAAUCUUUACAUCUAUAGCUCUGUCUCCAAGAAAUCCAGGGAUGUCGAUCUUGCGUACACGGCGUAUGAUUUCGAUUACACUCGAGCACAAACCAUCCCAACAACAUUGAAUAUUCCACGCAAAACACAGGAUAAUGGAACGCUAUUUCUGCAUAUACUAUUAAUACCUGCAUUCAUAGAUCAGGACAGAUCGUUUAUUGAUUUAAAGAAGGACAUGUAUACGUCGUAUACUACGAUUAAAAUGACACAGUACACAGUACCUGAAGCCGAAGUAUUCAAGUUGUUGGGUGAAAAGAAUCCCAGUGCAAAAGAUACUUUUGUGCGUCCAGUUUCACACAUCAAGAGUCGCGUGACAUUCACGAUAAUGACGGACGACGUUAUGCUUCCUCUGUACAGUAUGCCUAUUGAACUCGUCGAUCACAUAAAGCUAAUUGAUAAGAUGAAAUUUUUGCCGAUUGUUAACUGUGACUUUCUGCAAACCCGUCAACGAGAUCUUCAACGGAUCAUGAACAACGCGAUGAACGUUACAGUGGAGUAUUCGCCAGUGUCUUUAGGAAAGCUGAGAUUGGUGUUACACGUGCAAACAGCCAUAGCAAACCUGAAGAACAUUGGCAUUUCUGACAAGGACGUCGACGAAGUGAAGGGCAUCUUUGCGGACACUAACAUCUAUCUAUUAGGCGGUACUGUCUUCAUCGCAGGUGUGCAUUUGUUGUUUGACUUUCUCGCUAUCAGAAACGAUGUUAGCUUUUGGCGGAAGAAGAGCAACCUCAUAGGUCUCAGCAAGUGGACUGUGAUGUGGCGCGCAUUCAGUCAGACUGUAAUUUUUCUUUACCUCUGCGACGAGGAGUCUUCGUUGCUUGUUCUCAUUCCGACUGGUAUCAGCACCGUUAUCGAGUUGUGGAAAUUAAAAAAGAUAUCGAGAAUGGAACUGAUUACGUGCCAUGGCAUUUUGCCAAGGGUGCGAUUUAAAACCGACGGCAUCAACGCGGCGGAAGUAAAGACCAGAGAGUUCGAUGCCGAGAGUAUGCGUUAUUUGAGUUAUCUGUUGUAUCCGAUAAUUAUUGGUGGUGCAAUUUACUCACUUCUUUAUCAGCCACAUAAAAGUUGGUACUCUUGGACCAUAAAUUCCUUGGUCAACGGAGUUUAUGCUUUCGGAUUUCUCUUUAUGCUGCCGCAAUUGUUCGUUAAUUACAAAUUAAAGUCGGUAGCACAUCUGCCGUGGCGGGCGUUUAUGUACAAAGCGUUCAACACGUUCAUCGAUGACGUGUUCGCUUUUAUUAUAACGAUGCCGACUGCACAUAGAAUAGCCUGUUUCAGAGACGAUGCAGUCUUUUUGAUUUAUCUGUAUCAAAGAUGGUUGUAUCCAGUAGAUAAGUCACGCAUGGAUACCGAUACGGUAACAGAGGAAACCAUUGACUUUGGUGACGCCAGUAAGAAAACAAACUAAUACACAAGCGCAACGAUCAGUAGAAUAUUCGUACAGUUAUUUGUUGUCAUCGUUCUUCCUCACGGCCUAAGACUUACGAUUAGCAUAUUAACGCGUUUACAGUAUGCCGGGAAAUUGUAUUUAUACUAUUAUUGUGGAAGUUUAAUUAAUACACAGUUGUUACAAGAGAAACAUA